AACAGAAGAAGAACCCGAUCGUCAAAGGAAGCGGUAGUUUACAUGCGGAAGAAUCGAAAUGGUGUCAACAAGUGAAGUGUUUUGCCUGUUGUUGGUUGCGAUCUUGUGGGGAGGGACAAACCCAUUUCUAAAAAAAGGCACCGAGGGCAUUGAAGGGGUUCAGAAGGACAAUAAACUCCUCCAGUUUCUGGCUGAGAUCAAAUUCCUGUUUCUUAAUAUCAAGUAUUUGGUCCCAUUCCUGUUGAACCAAAGUGGAUCAUUAGUGUUCUACUUCACUCUUGCUUCUACAGAUCUGUCUCUGGCUGUGCCCAUGGUGAACUCCCUCACAUUUUUGUUUACCUUACUAAUGGGUAAACUGCUUGGAGAAGAGUUUGGAGGAAAAAGAGCUGUGCUGGGUAUGUUACUCAUCAUGUCUGGAGUGACUGUGUGCGUGCUGAGUUCUGUCUCUGAGACAGACGGCGUAGGAGGUCGCAACACAAGUGACCAUUAAAACAUGCCACUGGACUACGAGGUGAAA